UCCCUGCCCACCAUGCCGUGCCAGCGAGCCCAAACCCACUGUGCUGGUCGCCUGAUUUGUUUUGGUUCAUGUUCCAGCUGAGGAUAAAGUUGCAGAUAUUUCUGUGCAGCGAUAGGAUCUCAACAGCCAGCCUUGCUUUAAUGCGAUCCCAGGCAUUCGAGGUGCCCCAUUACCUUAUCUCCCUUCUGCAGAUAUCUGUUACUCACCACUCUCACCCUAAAAGCCAGCCAGCCUGGGAGGGAACUGCAGAAGCUCAGCCUCUGCAACCCUGCUGUCGGGCAGAAAGCAGUGAGUGAGGCUCCCAUCCUGCUUUUUCUGCACAAGGUUCCCUUCUUUCUGCUUGCAGCGCUGUGUGGUGCAGUGGGGUGGCUGGGAAGGCUGCGUCACAGCUGACUCACACUGCUGGUAAGGUGGAAACCCCACACAUUGGUUCCCACCCAGCUCCCCAGGGGCACCUGUUUGCUCUCUGGCUUUGCAGUUCAGCAGUCCCUGAGAUGAACCUGAUAUUGCUGCAUGCAGGGCCAGUGAGGCCGUGCCUCGUCCCAGCCUUCCCAGCUGCAUCUUGCUGCUCUCCCGCUGUCACAUGAGCAUUACACCAUCUCUCCCGUGGAGAAUGAGUGUGGAAAGUGCCUGGUUGCCAGAGCAAAGUGAAAUCUGCUCCAGCUUCAAACGCACGCAACCCCAAUCUGUGCACUUUGGGUAAAUGCUAAAUUCUAUCUCUGGUUCAUAAAGAGGAGAGGCUGAUGCUUAAGUGAGGCAUGGGCACCAAACACCCAAGCUUCUGCAGCUCUCAGGUCUCCUGAAAGUUCCUUGAUGCAAAGAGAAACGUUCCCAGCCUGGGUGAGUCAUAGGGCAUUAGGUGGGCUGGGUCAGCUCUGAGCAACACUCAGAUAUAAAGGUGAGAAUUGUUCUAUUGAAUGGCCAAAAAGCUGUUGGUGGCAGAACGGCCUCUGUGAGCAGGCAGUGCAGAAAAAUAAGAGGAAAAUGGAAGGGGGUGUGGGGAGCUGGAAAUCAACAGCUCAACAGCAGUUCGUCCAAUACAGAUCCUUGAAAAUACAGGAAUUUUGAAGGGAGGUAAAAAGAUGUGAUGAGAAACUACAUGGGAAUUUCUAGCAGUGAGGAGGAGGACCUGAAUUCUAGCAUAUUGAGAGGGGUGGAAAAAAAGAGAGUCAGAAAGCUCUUAGCUACAGGAAUUGGGAGAGCAGAGUGCAUGUUUUUGUAGUCUGGAUGGGGCUGAUGCCAUUCCCAUGUGAUGUGCACGGAUCUGUUUCUAUUCCUGCAGUGCUGGGCGGCUCAGGGUGAGCAGUGCAGGAGCUCUGGGUCGCCCCAUUGCCUGUGCUCAGGUCCUGAGCUGCGGGCAGCACGGCUCAGCUGCCCACCAGCUCCGUGCUCCUGGAAGGUGGUCGAUGGAGGUUCGUUGUGGGGUUAUGUAAUGAUUGACCUCGUGGAAACGGGUCUUAUGAAAGCAUGGAAUCAGCUUAGCUUGCGGACGGCUCAAGCUGCGAUGCGGGAGAUGUUAUCAUUGCUGUUAGGAAUUUAUGCUUUUGUACGGUUGGGAAGCAUUUGACUCCACCUCAUUGUGUCCUGGCUAGAGAAACAGGCCUGGGUCACAGCUUUCCUUGGACCAUGCUGAGCUGUGUGCCAGCAACUGGCUGACUCACAGAGCUGCUCCAGGUCUGCCCAUGGCUGUGCAGCCGGAGCCAUCAUGCCUGUCUCUGCUAUAGGAGCCCCCUGUGCAGGAGCUGAGGGAGGAGAGGCAGCGCUCUGCGAUCCUUCUGAGCAGCACAGAUGAACCCACACCUAAUUGCUUUUAAAAACCCCCUGUUGCUAUGGUGACUCAACAAGCGUGAUGCUCACAAGUUCUUCUCUCCACUCCCAGGUCUUGCGUUGGCACUGGGAAGCCUUGUGUGUACCUAUGUACGUACAUCUGCUUUCUUCCAGCUUUCAAAGGUGGCAUACAGUCCCCCUUGGAGCGUGAGCAGAAUCCCUUCUGAGCUGGGAAAAGAUUUGCUUGAAAGUGAUGUACCCCAGACAGGCUCCAGACUGGUUUCCCUCUCGAUCCAGCACGCUGCCUGCCUGCAGUGCUUUCCCCUGGAGCAUCCUUGAGCCUGUCCAGAAAAAGUAAGAGCUCAGUUCCUCUCUGCUGCAGCCACCUGCCGUGACAAGUGGCCUGUCCUCGGGGAAGCAGCAUCGUUUCCUAUCAUUAGUGAUGCGGGGCAUGGGAAGCUGUGUCCAGUCAGCUUUGUCUCUUGCUGGGUGCAUGCUGGCCUGUGGCAGCUCAUGCAUCCCCUGGAGCUGCCUUGAAACCCACUGAUGGGUAAAGAAACCCCAUCCAGCUGCUCUUCUGUGUGCCUGGGAGUGCCUCAGCAUGGUGAAUAGCCACAAAAGAGCUCAGAAGACACAAGCAUGAAUGGUAAAAAUGAGCGGUGUCAAGAGAUCCAGACAUGCUACACUGACAGACCUGUGCAGCAGCCCUGCUGAGUUCAGACUGGUCUGUCCCUCACUGCCCUGCUGGCCAAGGGGCACCCAGCAGGGACAUGGCCUGGCAGAUAGAUGCCUGCAGGUAGCUGGCUCCUUCCAUACAUGCUUCAGGGUUGCCAGGAGACUGUGAGACCCUGGGCCGGAGCAGAUCAGCAGGUUGUCCAGGCAGCUCAGUAUUGCCCCUGGAAAGCAAGUUCUGGCAGCAGAGCCCCUGUUGCUAGCUGAUGGUAUCAGUUUGUAUUAGAUCCCACUGAGUGUAUUUUACAUAAUUUGUUUCCCAGAAUGAAGUGUUUUUACAAACACAGCAUUUAAGCACCUUUUAAAAAGGAAUGAAAAAUCACCUUCCUCCCUGGAGCUAGGAAAAAAAGCUUAAAAGGAAUCAGGAAAGUGCUCUCCCUACAGCACUCACUGGGCUGGGAAGCCCAGAAAACCUGGGGUUGGACUGGAAAAAAUCUGAGGGCUCAAAGAGAAGAGCCUAUGCUGAGAACACUGCUGCUGCCUUCACUGCUGUUUCUGGUUGGGACACCCAAAAGCAGGAAUUGCUUCGGGUCCCUCUGCAGGAGAAGGGAGCACCACCAGGCUCUGGGUUGCUGAAGGGAUGCUCAUAGGCCACACUGCUGCUCAGCACUGGGAGAUAAAUCAGUGCUUGCUGGACGAUGAAGGGCAAAGCGGUGCUGCUGAGGAUGGAUGCUGUGCAGCUGGCUGUGCACUGCGGCCCGGGCUGGGGGCUGCCGCUCUCACUCUCAUUUCUUUUUUCACAGCAAGUGAAGGAUGAAAAAUCAGAGUAAUGGCCAAGGAGUCGACAUCCACUUGGCUUCUGUUGCCUGUGGUGUGAGCGAUUUAUCUAGCUAAGGCAUUGCAGUGGAGUGAGACCAGGAGCAGGGGGACGGCGUUGCAGCGGCAGCAUCAAGGUGUGCUACCCCCCUCUGUGCUGCCUUUGAUUUGCUUCCAGGAGGGAACUCUGCUCCCCAUUCCAAGCAGGCCUGGUGCUGGCUGGCAGAGCAGCGGGAGCCCUGCUGUAACUAAUGAGAUGUUUGCUGCUCGCUGCCUGACGCUGCGGUGGGUUCUCGGUGUGCCUGAGCCCUGUGCUGAUAAACCAAGCCUCCCGGAGAUGGAGCGGCUUCCCUCAGCUACAGGCCUGCUGUGUUCGCUCUUAUCUAAUAGGAUCUUUCCUCUGAGCUCUGCUUAAGCCUCCUGUGUAGCAUACCAAACCACUGAGGUUUGACCGUACAAAGAAGCGGUGCAGAGUGAGAGCAGACCUGAGUGUCAGCUGCCCUCCUUUGGGUCACUGUUGAACAGGACACAUGCUCAUGGGGGGUCUGUGGGUUCCCCGUGGCUCUGGAAGGUUCAGAGAAGGGAGCUUUUCCCCCAGCCAAACAUUUAUCCCCUCCUUGCUGCUGUUGCUGAUUAGGGGAUGGGUGUCUGUCUGUCUCUCCCCCGUUAUUUAUUAUGCUGUAAAAGCCAAGGUAACCCAUAUCAGUAAAUGCUGUGGAGGGUUUCACACAUGUCAGCUGUGCGUACUUUAUGGAGCAGACACUCUUUCAAGACAACGGGCUCCGUGUGGGGAGGCUGCUGUGAUUAAUGCUGCAGCGUUCACCUGGCUGCUUCCUCCCUGCUGCCACACUGAGCUGAUGUCCCAGGGUGCCCCGAAAAUGUGCAUGAAGCAGCAUGGGACAGAGGGAAGGGAAAGGCUCUGUGCCUCCUGUUGGCAGGAAGAUGAGCAAAGCACACAAGGAGAAGUUUCUUCUCCAAAAAAGCAGUGAUGCAGUGGCACAGCUGCUCAGGGAGUGCUGGGCUCACUGUCCCUGCAGGAGCUGCAGAGCCAUAGGGAUUUGGCACUGAGGGAUAUGGGCAUGGUGGGGUGGGCUGGGGAUGCUGGAAAUUUGUUUUGGAGACUUUCAGACCCUUUCCUGUAGGCACCUGCCUGUUGCAAGAGACGUCCUCCAUCUCCAUGAGUUACUCUGGGCAGAUCCAGCUCUCCUGCAGGAUGCUCUCAGUAGUUGCUCUUGGCUGGUUCUGAGGAUUCCUUUCUCCCAACACUUGUAGGUGAUUGCUUCCUCCUUCUCCUCCGCCUUCCUUUUGUCUCUCUGCAGCACGACAGGUCUGGGAAGGGCCAUCUGCCGCUGUGAUUAAUGGCCCUUUUCUGGCAAAACAACAGAGACAAAUGUCCUUCUGAGCAUGGCAGAAAGAAGCGCAGAAACAAGCUGGCUAAUUUUCAGCCAUUAUUUUGGAACCCAAACUCCUUCCCGGUAUCAAUUUAGCUAUUAUUUCAAAAACUAAUUAAUCCUCACUCAUGCAGCUCCGAGGGACCAGUGUUUAGAUAAUUAACAGCCCGUGGAUUAUGACAAGCCUUGCUCUCGGAUCCUGUUACAGCGCUUGCCUUCAAGUACACUCGCACUGUUGUUCUGCUUACCAAGUCCUUUCAUCAAUCCAUCUUUUUUUUUUUUUUAAACAAUUAAUAACAAGUAAUUAGCCAGGAUGGAUUCUAUUUGCUUUCUUGCAGCUCAGCUUCGUUUUGGAGGACUGAAGUGUUCUUCAGCUGCACGGGUUUGUAGUGAUUUUGGAGCUAAUUACAACCAAGCAGGAUGGGUCACUGCCAUUACCAGCAUUUGGAAAAGGGAGUUGUUAUUGCUCAGCUCCUCAGUAAGUGACAUGAGGUGUGAGAAAGGAGAUGCUUCUGUGAGGUUGUUGAUACUUAUCCAUCCUGAGCUUCCAUCCCAGGAGAAUGUCUCUUUGAACUGCCCGAAGCUUCUGUUCUGCUGCUGCUCUGAACUCCUCUGAGGAGAUUUCUGCCUGUGAAUAGAUUUGUCUUUUCUAACUUUGCUCAGGAAAGCUUUAGUUAUACAAGGAGUUUUCAUCUUACCUUUCAUAGAGGUGAAGCUCGGUCUCAGCCUUUUUCCCUAUGAGAUGCAGGUCUCUGGCUGGCAUCCCCUCUCUUCUGGUUCUCCAUGCUGAUGGGCAUCUGAAGACUCCUGUAAGGCUGGGAGAACACCUGUGGUCCCUGCAUCUUCUGCCCUCUGAGCAAAAGUAGAGCAAGGGGCCCAAGCCACCCCGGUUCCUGAGCUGUCUCUGCUUGGGGCAGCACGAGGGCAUCCAUCAGGUUGUGCUGGUUUUAAACAGCUGAGCACGGAUGCAGACUCACUCCUGGUUUCAGGCAGAAGGAAAUCCUUUCUGAUAAGCUGCUGCUGUUUCAAACAGAUGAUAAAUCUCUGCAGGUAGAACUCCCUGUGCUAGCAGUUUGACCCCUAAUGAAGUAUUUACCAGGUUGGCAACUCACUCUGCCUCGGGAAAUACUGUCCUUUCACCUGUGUGCAGCUCUCACUUUUCUUUUGCAAAACCCAUGGCUUAAGGAGAGCAUCAAAGCAGCCAGCAGUCCACUCCUCACCUUCCCAGUCUCUCUCCAUUCUCUUUGCAGAUGCAGUUUGCCAGAGACCCUGUGGCUCUGCACCUUGGAGGGCAAAGAGCUUGCAGGAGAGCUGCACAUCUUUGUGUUUGGGAUGCUGUGUCCUCUUAGCAGCAAUCAGAGAGCAGCAACCCGGGACCAGGGGAGUGGUGAGCCUGGUGGAAAUGCCCCUCAUAUACUGGCUGUGAGCAAUGGAAAUAGAGCAAGGGGCUGCUGCUGACCCUGGUGUGUGCACCCUGAGGUGGUGGAGGCAUCUUCAGAAUUGAGCGUUUUGGGAAGGUUGCACUCUUUUGUCCAUGUUUUAAUGAUUUGUUUCAGCAGGGCCAGGCAUCUUCCUCUGCCGUGCUGCCAUGACCUUUGCGGUGAGAUUGUGCGUGGAGAAAUGUGCUGAACCACCCCGUUGCCAUGGAAACCGAGGCUGGGAGGGGACCAGCCUGCUCCUGCUAAUUGCUGUGGAUCUGUGACCCCAUCCCUCCUGCCUCCUGAAACCUGCUUGGCUGGGAGAUGGGUGGAGGUGGAUACAGGGAGGUUUUGUGCAGAACCGGGCUGCUGAAGAGCCUUCACCCAUGGGGAGCAAAGUGGGAACAGAGCACGUGGCUCUCCGAGACACGACAGGGAGCAGCGCAUCCAUCCAAGGUCACUGUCCCUUGUGCUGCAAGAGACAAAUUCCCUCCAAGGGCCGUGAGCUCCGGGAUGCUUCCUGCGCGGCCGAAAUGGGCCCCACGAGGACCAUCCUGGUGCUUCCAGCCAAGGAUGCUCUCGGUCCAGGGAUGCUCCCAGCAGAGCAGCGGGGGGAGGCGGCACCGGGGAGGGGACAAGAGCGGGCCCGGCCCCAUUCCCCGCCUCGCUGCCACAAAACGGGAGCCGGGAGCCGGCUCGGCUUCACACUCUCCCCUCCAGCCUUACCGAACCGGAAUAUCCCCCAUUAAACCUCGGAGUGAACCCAAGCCGGCACCGAACCGAGCCGUGCGCGGUCAGGAGGGAUGUAGAGAUCAGCACCGCGGAGAGCGGCCGCGCCGAGCCGCGCCGGGGCCAUGGCCAGCGUGCAGCAGGGCGAGAAGCAGCUCUUCGAGAAGUUCUGGCGAGGGACCUUCAAAGCCGUGGCCACACCGCGACCGGAGAGCAUCAUCGUGGCCAGCAUCACCGCCCGCAAACCGCUGCCCAGUGGGACGCUCAGCUGCCUGCCGUACUCUGCCGAGGAUCGACGUCCUGAGAAGCUGAGCAGCUGUGUGUCCAAGGAGACCUCCACCACUAACGGCUGGGCAAGAGGGAAGGAGAGACGCGGCCAUGCUCACCACAGGUCACGCAGCCCCUCGUGUGAUGGGGAACGUGCACCGCUGCCAGCCCGGGGCAAGAAGAAGAAGAAGAAAUCCAGCCGCAAGAAGCGACGGAGGUCUCCUUCUUACAGCCCCUCUCCUGUGAAGAAGAAGAAAAAGAAGAGCUCCAAGAAGCGAAAAAGACACAGGUUAUCCUCAAAGAAGAGAAGGCACAGUUCCUCAAGCCCCAAAAGUAAGAGAAAGGAAGAAAGAAAACACAAAAAACAGAAAGGAACAGAAGGACAAGAGCCCCUCGCACUGCUAAUGUCACCUUGCUGCCCAUGGGGACUGAAGAGACUAGAAUCCACAAGCUCUCGUGGGCGCACCCGGAAAGCUCACCGCCACCGCCGCUGCCACUCUCGCUCAGAGAGCUCUGACUCCUAUUCCCCGAGCUGCCGGAGCAGGCACAGAGCCAGGUCUCGGGAGGAAGGGCGUAAAGCACGGCGGAGACGCUCCCGGCACCGUGCAAAAGUCCCAGCAAAGAGAAGCUCCUCUGCAGAGGUUCAGGCCAGCCAAACCCUCCCACUGCACAGCUUCCUGUCUCCCAAGGAAGUCAUCUCUCAGUCAGGGUCUUCUGCUGACCUCUUUACCAAAACAGACAGCCCGCCUGGCCACCUCACCAGCCAGAACGGAGAGUGUCAUGAAUAUGACUCAGGAAACGACACUUCUUCCCCUCCCUCCACUCAAACGAGCUCAUCCAGGUCAAAGGACAGCCAGGAGAAACGAAGCGUAGCCCACGAUGGCUUUGGCCAUGCCUUCUCAUCCAGGAAGCCCAAAGUGGCCAACGGUGAUAACAGCUCUGAUUCAGGAAAUUCCUUCACCAGUUGCUUUUCCCAGACCAAGGCAACAGCUUCGGAAAAUCUGUCUCCAGAUCCCCAGGGACAAGACGAAAGAGGAUGCCUGUCCUCGUGUCUCAGCUGUUCAGAGGAGAAGAAGCGCAGUGUUCCCCCAUCGCCAGCCCGCAGCUCCCCGCUCAGGCCGUGCCCCCGCAGCGAGUCGUGCAGCAGCACAGGACGCUCCUCCCCUGGCUCCAGCUGCUCCUCACCCCGCAGGGCCUCCCCCAGGUACUCCCGCAGCAGGUCCUGCUCUUCAGGGAAGAGCCCCAGGUCUUCUUCACGGUCCCCCAGCUAUUCCUCUAAAUCCUGCAAAAAAAGCCCUGGAAGCAGGAGCUCAAAGACUCGCCGAAGCCCGAGUUACUCCCACUACAGCCCUACGAGGGACCGUGAGCACAAGCACAGCUCCAGUGAGAAGGAGUCACACCGGCAGCGGGACCGGCAGCGCCGGCGCUCCUAUUCCCCCCUGAGGAAGCGCAGGAGGGACUCCCCCAGCCACCUGGAGGCCCGGCGCAUCACCAGCGCCCGCAAACGUCCCAUCCCCUACUACCGGCCCAGCCCGUCCUCCUCCAGCAGCGCCAGCAGCUAUUCCUCCUGGUACAGCAGUCUCAGCCGCUCCCCCAGCCGGAGCAGGAGCUACUCCAGCCACCGGUCGAGCCGCAGCCGCAGCUGGAGCAGCAGCAGUGCAGAGAGCAGGAGCCGCAGCAGGAGCUCAGGCCCCAGGAGCAGCCGCAGCCGGAGCAGGAGCUGUGACUCAGGAGGCAGCUCCGACAGCCUGCGUCGCUAAGGAGUGCCGCCGGCAUCACUGAAUUCCUUGCGUUCUCCGCAUCCUUCCCACCUACUUGGCCAUCGAUCGCAAUCACCCCCGAUACUGAUGUGACAGCAGCACUGCGUCCCCUUUUCUCAUUACGGAUGGAGUAAGAGCCCUCGUGCUCCUGGAACAGCCCCUCUGCUGCCUUGCAGGGAGGGUGGAUCCAUGCAGCUCCCCCAGCCAGAGCUGGGGCUGGAAGAGGGGCCAGUGCCCUACAGAGGCUCUGCAGGCCCUACAGGGUCCAUCCUCCUGACAUCCCCAUCUCCCCAUCGCUGCCACUCUGCGACAGCUGCCAGCUGCUCCAAAGGAAGAAGAUUGUCUCUUUGCCCUUCUCUUGCCAAAAGCGGGAGCCAGCGAAUUAAAUCCCUCUGGAGGAAGAGACACAUUUAGGGAGGAAUUUGCUGGGAAGCUUUGGUGAUGAGUGGACGUGACCUGUCCCCUUCAAGGCAAAUAUCAGGUCCCUGAUAUUGGAUCUCUCCUCCCGAGAUUCUGCCCACUCUGCAGCAGGUCUCUGCCAUGAGCAUAUUUAUUUAUUUCCAUACACCCAACUCUGCUAUAAAUAGAAGGCUAGAAAUCCCUCCUGACAUUAAUUUCUGGGGGGAAAAAAAGCUAUGCCCCCUCUCUUUCUCCUGCCCUUUCCUAACACGGUGUUACACAUCCACCUUUCACAGGGCUGCUCUGUUCCCCUCCAUCAGUGUGAUCGCUGAGAGGAGACACAGCAGAGGGGAGUCAGUGCUGCAGAGUGAGCUGGAGCUGCACGGCUCGCAUCUCAGAGACCCCCAACACCCCUCCCCCAAAAUCGCCUGUUUUUUUUCCCAGGAUCUGGGAGGGCCCUGCCUGCCUGGGCGGCCCUGCGGUUUUGUCUCCCUGCCAGGCUUGCCAGCCCAGCUGCCUGUGCAAUUACUGUGUUUUGCAGAGCAACAAAGGCUUCUCCUAGCACGGGCUGAGCCGGUGCUGAGGAUUUUCUUUCUCUUACAACACCUGGGUGCUUAGAGACGCUAAUUUAGGUCUAAGACUUCCCUCCCUCCCUUUUUCCAUCCCCUCCCCUUCCAUCCUGCGUGAUCAUUAACGAGUUUGGGCUUAAUGAGUCAAGGAGGUGUGUCAUUGAAGUGUCACAGGAAAGGGCUAAGGGCAGCCAGCAUCUGCCGGAGGGGGAGAGGGGUGGAAGGAAAGGCAAACCCACAGCCAGAGAGUUACCCACGGCUCCCACUGGCAGCAGGUAAAGCUGUGAGCGAGGUAAGGUCAAACACAACCUGGAUGAUUGCCUUAUCGAGCAUAUGAACGUGUUAUCAGUUGGAAAACACAGCAGGAAGGUUUAUACUUCUGUGUAGCUGAUGCAAGGGGAAAUUUGAUAACAGGGGCCCUUUUUCCCGUCUCCUUCUCACUGCAAACCCCUCAGGCUGUGGUUGAGAAUUACAGACGAGGUGUUCUUGCAGCGGGUGCUGCUGCCUUCCCCCCACCCCGGCCCCACAGCAGCCCCUGGCUUCUCUGGUGGGGAGCACCCUUCUUGUAAAGGGCUGAGAACCCCAUGCUUCUUUCUUAGGGAGUCCCUCCCAGUUUGGCAUUGUCACCCUGUAGCACUCCAUGAAAGGUCUGAUCUCAGCGACCAGAGGCCAAAUCCCAAAUCUGUGGGUCUCUUCAUGCCCCUCCGUGCCCCCAAAUGCCGGCAUGCACCUGCAGCAGCGAGCCGGAUGGGCAACAGCUGGGAAAGCAAAGGAGCUUUGUGCAAGCAGUGCAAACAGUCCAACUACAUUGAGCCGAGUUCCUGGUGGGAUGGAGAACAAACACAGUGCUGGAGGCAGCAGCACACGCUGGCUAUGGGACAAAGAGGUGCCACGUGGCUCUGGUACCCAUCCACCUGCACGGCCGGUGGCAGCUGAAGGCUCUCCAGCAUCGGAGCAAAACCUCUUUAUUUAUUUAUUAAUUAUUUAUUGACGCACUUAUUUAUUAUCAGUCGCGUUCUGUUUCUAAUGGCUGCGGUCGGGACGGACGCGAGCGGUCGCCGUCGGCAGUAUUUAUUUAUUUAUUCUGGAGGGCAAAGGAAGGAGCAAGGAGUUAUUGGGGCUCUCUGUGCUUGUUUGGGUCCUCCCCAUCGCAUGGAGGUUCCCAGUGCUGGCCCUGCGCUGGCAGGAGGAAGGACUUCCCCGCGUUGUUUUGCAUUGUGAUCCACCCAUGGAAAAUCUGAGGUUGGGCCGUGAGAGCACGGGAGGUGCCUGCAAAUCCAGCCCGGUGACAGCACUAACUGCGUCUGUGUGUGCGUGUGUGUGUGCAUUAUGUUUCCUCAGUGGUAUUUCUCUCUUUAUUUUUUAACUUAUUUAAGGUUUUUGGUACAACGCGCAUCAUCGCCCGUCCUGUCAGUGGGUUUUCUGUCACUUUGCAAGAAGCCUGUGAGCUUUUCUGUCUCUGUGCCUUUUGCCAGUGCUUCUUUUGUUGUAUGCUCACUCACUCGUUGCUUUUAUGGGAUUUUUACUCCAUGACCAGCGUCUCAGGUUGCUGUUGUUUGCAUGGAGCAGCUUCUGCCCUGGGGCAGUUCGGCCCUUUGGGUGAACACAAAUUGCUGCUCAUCGGCACUGGGGCUGCACACCAAGAGCUUUGAGGCAGUGUGUUGGCCGCCUCUCAGAAGUGCCAUCUCAGAGGGUUUUUUCUUCGUCCUUCCUGCCCGUUGUGUUGUUUCCAUCCCAAGUGCCCUGGUUGCCUUUCCACAGCAGAGCACAUGAUGCAGUGUCCCCCCCUGGGAUGCUUCCCGCUCACUCAACCCCCAGGCUCCCUCCUUUCCCACCCCACACACCAGGUCAGGCUGCAGCAAACCCAGCCCAGCCCCUGAAGUGUUGCUGCAAAGCGCAGAGGAAGGAUAUUUCAGUGCACUGUUGUGUCAUUCCAUUUGGCCACGGGUUGCGGCGCUCAGCUGUGCUCUGCUUUAUGUUGACCAUAACUUUUCUCAAUGUUUCUGUUGUUUUGGGUGACUGAAGUUGUACCAAACCCAUCUGCAAUGGCCAGUCGAUGUUAUUUUGCUAUGCAUUGUACAUAGAUCGAAAAGGCUGAGAGGACUUGGCCUCUUAUUUAAUAUUUAUUUCUCCUAUUUAUUGAGCAUUACUUAGGAAAGCUGUUCGAGUCUCACCGUUGGCUCCAUGGGAUAUUUGAGAAAGGGACAAUUUUAGGUGCCAGACUGAAGUCUUUAAUGUCCAGCAGGGUUGUGUUAUCUGUGUGAUAGAGGAUGAACAAAUCCUGUGACUUUUGCAGCUACCUGGAAGUCUGUGUGUGACCAGGAUGAUCUCUGAAGCACUGCAACAUCCACUGCUGUAGCAACAGCUCCGCGAUAAAGCAGCCUAAAUUUUGGACUGUUGUAGAGAACAGCACCUUGAGCCCCAUCCAGGGAAUGGAGAGAUUUAGAACAAAAGCCCAGACAGGAGAAAAGCUGCCAGGGAAACCGUGUCCCUGUUUUCUCUGCUGGUCAAUUCCUUACCAAAUCAUACCGGCACAUCUGUUCAUUCGACUUCACUGUAAAACUACCUUUGCUCUCCAUGGAAAUGCAUACUGUAUUCUUUAGUCUUCCUGGGGUAUUCGAGUCGUUAGCCUGUUUAGAAAAGGGUUCCAAUAAAAGUUCAGAUGAUAUCUGGUUCA